UGGCAGCAUGAGUAACCCAAAAGCUACACCGCCAGUGGAGCCCAAAAGUAAUGUGGUUUCUAAAGGAGUCAAUACUAAUCUGAGAGGGCUUAUUCACUGCCAUUUGCCAAGAUUUUCAUACAGACAUGGGAUGAUUCCAAAGCACUAUGUGAUGCCCUGGAAGCAAGACAUGACAUACCGGAAAAUAAAUUUAAAGCAUGCUGACAAUGCUGGGAUUUAUACUGGUUCCCCUGAAGACACUUUGUUUUUGGACAAAAGUGAGAGGCACUGCCACGGAGAGGAUCGGAAGAAACUUCUGCAGAAAGUGCCAGAGAAAAUGGCAAUUCAAGACAUUCCCAUUUACUCCCAUCUCUCCCGAUACCACAAGUCCAUCGUGUCAUAUGGCUUCAGGAUCAAACUCUGAGUCAUUUUUCUCCAGCUGGGAUUUGCAUCAGCCAUGAAUUAAACUGUGCUGCAAGUGAAAGAGAAUGGGAUCUUUUCCUUCUUUUCCUAGCCAGGUGAAGCCCUCAAGUCUGCCAAUCCAUUUUUUCUGUCAAACUAAUCAUUUGAGAGUUGAUCUAAACAGAAACAGACCCCCCUCCAAAGUUUGAAGCUUGGGUUUUUAUUGAUUUAAGAAUGAGGGCAUUAUACUGGAUUCAUAUCUAAAAGUGGCAAAGUUCAGGGGUUCAGUUUUAGGGGCCAUUUAGACUACCUUUUACCCCAGAAUAGAUUCCGGAUUAACCACAGGAAGUUCACAUUGGCCCCGAUCCUUCUGCAAGCGAAAACGAGGCCUUGACACCCGUUCAGGGGCAAAUGCCCCUUGGCAUGGGUCUUUUGAAAGCAGAGUAAAAGCUGUAUCUUUUGAGAAAAACCGGGUCCAGCAAAUAUGAAC